CAAUUCCAUUUCGUUGCCACAUAAUCAAGAUGUCCAAAGCCAUUCUAGUCGUCGGGGCCACCGGCAAGCAGGGUGGCAGCGUUGUUGAUGCCCUGCUCAGCCAAGACGCCGAUGUUGAGAUUCUCGCCUUGACUCGCGACCCCAGCUCCAACAGCGCACAACGACUCGUGAAGAAAUCACCGAAAAUUAAGGUUGUCGGCGGAAACUUGGAUGACGCCGAUGCCAUCUUCCGCAAUGCUCAGAAAGCCACUUCGCAUGCCAUUUGGGGAGUAUUCAGCGUGACGACCUUGGUCCCCGGUGGUUCCACGCAUGAUGCCGAAGAGAGACAAGGCAAGAACCUAAUUGAUGCUGCUUUGAAGAACAAUGUCAAGUACUUUGUCUACACCUCCGUUGAUCGCGGCGGCGAUGCCUCCUUUGACCAACCGACCCGCAUUCCUCAUUUCAUCACCAAACACAACGUGGAACAUUACCUAGUCAACAAGACCAAAGGCACCGACAUGGCCUGGACCAUUCUCCGUCCCACCGCCUUCUUCGACAACUUCACCCCCGACUUCAUCGGCAAGGUUGUCAAUACAUGCUGGAAGAUCUCCCUCCGGGGUAAGCCAUUGCAACUGAUUGCUGUUUCGGAUAUUGGGUUCUUUGGUGCACAAGCAUUCCUAAAGCCAGAAGAGUAUAGUGGAAAGUGUGUCUCGCUGGCUGGGGAGAGUCUGACGUUUGAUGAAAUGGCGGCCAUCUUUAAGCAAAAAACAGGAAAGAAUCUCCCCAUGACGUUUGGCUUUCUCGGCCGCCUUUUCAUGUGGAUGGUGAAGGAUCUGGGAUAUAUGUUUCAGUGGUUUCAUGAUUCCGGGUAUAAUGCUGACAUUCCGGCGCUGAAGCGAGUUCAUCCAGAGCUCAAGGAUUUUGCUGCUUGGUUGGAGACGGACAGUGCGUUUAUGAAGGCGUGAUGCGUUUCUCUUCCAUUUUCUCUUUUGACUUGUACAUUAUGUGUCUUUCCU